AUGGCGACACCCUACUUAAUUCUCAACUUCAAAUAUCUCCAACUUCUCAUCUUCUUGUUCGCAUCAAGGGCAUUUGCCAUUAGAAAAGACACCAGUUUCCUAGAAACCCAAAUCUGCAGAACAACAGUUCAAGGAAGAUAUUUAAUAACCGAUCAUACAGGUUACGUAUGUGAUGCCCUAUCACUAGAUCCAAAAUCACACUGCUGUCGUCUAAAAAGAGAUCAAUACAGUUGCCAAGGCUGCAAUCUUGUUUCACAAUGCUGCAACUCCUACGAAUACUGUGUUUCUUGCUGCCUAAAUCCUCAAAGAACACAAAUCGAUCAAGCAACAAGGGUCAAAAUCGCCAAACCAAUAACUUCAGGGACUUAUUCAACUCUUUUCGAUUACUGUGCCGGAAGGUGUCGUCAUAAUUCUGAAAGUGUCGUUCAUGAAAACGCGUAUCUGAGUGAAUUCCAUCAUUGUUUUGCCCCACCAUCAAACAAUUCGGUCGGAAUCACUGAUUCCCAGAUUGAAGUCCGGCUGCUUGGGAUUAAUGUUAUUGUUGGAAAACAAGGGGAAUCGUGUGAUUCCGUUUGCAAAUCAGUAGGGCAAUCGUGUGUUGGGAGCAAAUUCGCGCUUAUUAAUCAAUGUGAAAUUAUGCAAAAAUAUAUGAAAUGUAGAGGAUCAUGUCUUGCAAGUAUAGGAGCUGAUCAACCUGCUGAAGUUGUUGAAGAUGCCCCUAGAGAUUUGAAUCCUGUAUACAAGGAGACUUUGCCCCUGUGCUUGAAUAAGAUUCAUUUCCUACAUGAUGAUUGAUGAUUGACCCAAUUCAAGUGUGAAUCAUGAAGUGAGGCUGCUUGCAUUAUGAGAAAGAACUGAAGAAGAAAGAUGAUUGUGUUGUAUGAUGAAUGUAAUGCUACCAAAAAGAUCAGGUUAGUUAAAGUUGUGUACUUGUCAUCAAUCUAAAUCCAUUACUAACUUGAUGAUGAUGGAAUGGGAAGGUGUAGUAAAGUUUUGUGUUUGCCAGAAAACAUUUUUUUAUUAAUGAAAAUUCUUUUACUCAUGAUUAAGUAUGUGGUGCAUGAUUGUAUCAUUUAGUUAUCAUUGGAAAAUUUUAUGCAGUCAAUAUAGAAUAGAACAUGCUAUUUUGUUAUUAAUGGAAAGAGAUUUAAAUAUAUGACUUUGUAGUGAAACGAUUUUUUUGAUUUAGUGUCGUUGUCAUUAUUAAAUAUGAUAGAAUCAAACCACAGGGAGGGGAUUUGUGAAAAUUUCUUUAUAGGGAUGAAACUUACAGAUUGGACCAAACUAUAUGGACGAUUU